GGAGGUGAGACGUGAAGCCAGACGUAGCCCAGCAGCCGCAGCCACGACAUCUGCCCGCCCCUCCAACGACAUGGCCCCGCAGACAGCGCUGCCCCGGGCACUCCUGCUCCUCCUGUUCUUACACCUGUGGCCGCUAGGAGCUCGUUCCCACCCGCUGGGCGGCCUCGGCCCCGCCUCGGAACCAUCCGGAGGACAGGAGCUGCUGGACCGUCUGCGAGACUCGGUCACGGAGCUGCAGGCGGAGCGGAUCACCCUGCAGCCUGUCCAGCAAGGCCGUGGCCCCGCAGAAGCCUGGGAGGCCCGGGACGCAGCGCCCGCGAGCGUCCUUAGGCCCCGCAAUACCGUCCUCCAGGCCCUGCGGGGACUACGAAGCCCCAAGAUGAUGCGCAACUCGGGCUGCUUCGGGCGGAGGCUGGACCGGAUCGGCUCCCUCAGUGGCCUGGGCUGCAAUGUGCUGAGGAGGUAUUAAGAGGAAGUCCUGGCCGCAGACAUCUGCAUCUGAUUCUCCAUCAACUCUCUGAUCCCCU